CUAAAACACAUCGGCCAUCAGCCGCUUCUGUGCAUCACUUGGUCCCUCCUCCUGGGGCUUGCAACCAACAUGCGAUAUGUGCAGGUUGCUGUACAUUUGUCGAGGUCGCGGUUGCAACUCCGACGUGUGUGUCGUUUCUCUUGUGCCGCUGACGCUGAAAACGUGGCAGACCUCUAAGGUGGCGCAAUGUCGAUAAGUUGUCUGCUUUAAAACUGUUUCGUUAUCGUCUGGUACGUCAACGUCGCCGCACAGAAAUCACUUUCUACGAUGAGCGGUGUCCUGACGUCUAACGAACGAAUCAUGCGCUCGAGCGACGUUGAAACUGGACUGAUUAACUUGGCGGGCGCACCGCCGUCUUGGGCUGGGAGCUUUACAUGGAGGAUGGGUCAGAGGAAAAGUCUCUGGAGGUUAUGGAAGCAGCUGUCAAGACUCCAACGAUCACUGCUGCUGGUGCUCGCUGUGGCUGCGCUGCUACUUGUGGCGUCACGCAUGGGCCAGGUUCCUGUGCCAGCAGCUCCUGUGGCAGAGACAGGCCGACCCCCUGAGGAGGCAACACUUCGGCAGAGCUUACCCUCGACCCCUCAGCCCCAGGAGGACAUAAAGGUCACCCUUGGGCCCAGCUUCCUUGGGGCAACACCAGAAACAGCCUCCUCACACCUCUUCCAGCAGAGCGUGGGUCUACGUGAGCGCCGGGAGGCUGUGGUGGAUGCAUUUCGCCACGCGUGGAAAGGCUAUAAAGCAUACGCCUGGGGCCAGGACCACCUGCGACCUCUUUCACGCACAGGGCACACCUGGUUUGGCUUGGGUCUCACUAUUAUUGAUGGCAUGGACACCAUGUACCUCAUGGGCCUUCAUGAAGAGCUGGCGGCUGCCCAGGAGUGGGUGGCACACAGUCUGCAACUGGCACAGCACAGAGAUGUGAAUGUGUUUGAGACUACUAUUCGUGUCCUGGGUGGCCUGCUGAGUAUGCAUACCCUUACUGAGGAGCAGCUGUACCUUGACAAAGCGCUGGAGCUUGGGCGCCGCCUGCUACCUGGGUUCCGGUCGGCAUCGGGGGUGCCUUACUCUGACGUGAACCUUGCCUCCGGAGUGGCACAUGCCCCUGUCUGGGCUCCAGACAGCAGUGUCUCGGAGGUGGCCACACUGCAGUUGGAGUUUCGUACUCUGAGUCGUGCCUCGGGGGACCCACAGUUUGAAAAGAAGGCCUUUGCUGUGUCAGAGCUGUUGCACCAGUUGCCCAAAAAGGAAGGCCUGGUGCCCAUGUUCAUCAAUGCGGAGACUGGCCGCUUCAAUGCUGAUUCUACAUUGACCUUGGGGGCUCGAGCUGACAGCUACUAUGAGUACCUCCUGAAGCAGUGGCUCCAGACAGGAAAGACCAUUGACUGGCUAAAAGAAGACUACCUGGCUGCUGUGGAAGGCGUGCAGAAGCAUUUGGUUAGGCGUUCAGAGCCUAACAAAUUGCUUUUUAUUGGAGAACUUGUGCGGGGUCGCACCUUCUACCCCAAAAUGGACCACUUGGUGUGCUAUUUCCCUGGGACAUUGAUGCUGGGCCAUGUUGUUGGAGGAAUGCCACAAGCUCACAUGGAACUUGCUUUAGAACUUAUGGACACUUGUAUACGCAUGUAUUCAAUCAACCCAACAUUCUUGUCACCUGAGAUUGCCCACUUCAACCUGAAACCACAGGGGACUCGUGAUAUCUUGAUAAAGGGCAAUGAUGCACACAACCUUCUUCGUCCAGAGACCUUGGAAAGCCUCUGGUACAUGUACUACUUUACACGCAAUGAGACUUACCGGGAUUUGGCUUGGCGUAUCUUCCAAGGGUUUGAGAAACACUGCAAGGUGCCUGGUGGUGGGUACACAACUAUCGGGAGUGUGCUGAACACGAAGCAAACUGGCCCACGAGAUAUGAUGGAAAGCUUCUUCCUGGCAGAAACGCUGAAAUACCUCUACCUGCUCUUCAGUGAGGAGGAUGUACUGGAGCGGUAUUCUCCAACCAGAUACCUGUUCAAUACCGAAGCCCAUCUGCUGCCCUUGUACACAUCCUGACACCACACUUCCACUAUAAUUAGCAUUCACCAUCUUGGCGCUCGUUAACUUGAAGUCCUUUAUCUUCAUUGUCACUGUUGGUUUCUGCUACUGCAUAGGUUGACGGCUAUUGGCUCACCACUUGCAAUGCAGAGUACCACAUGGUUUAGGCUGUGUUUACACAGGCCGUGUCACUCCAUGCACAACUGCUGUGACAAAAUUUUAUUUCUCUAAAAAUUAUGUGAUUCUUUGUUUUUGUGAUCAUAAACAUGCACUUCCCAGAGUGGUUCAUUAGGUCAGCCUUGAAUAGUGUGCAGCAGCAGUGAUCAUUUUUGCUGACACACAAUGUUUGGCCAGGCCUUGUGCACAGCUCUACCACUAGUGCUCUGUUACUUACCUGAACAGGAAUAAUGAUGCUUGUGAAAGCUCAUAGACCAAGAAUUUCCCGCCUAACUGGUUGUUUGGAUGUUAACAUAAGACAGAUUACAUUUCUGUCUGUAAAACCUUUCUCCUCGAUAUGAGGUUUUGCUUACGUGCGCCGUGCUCAAAGCAGCCCUUCAGUAGGCACUCCUUGCCAGUCACUUUUGCUGUAGCUCACUAAUUUCAUUUCUGUAAAUCUAAACAGAAAGUCAUUGCUUGAGAAGAGGAAAGUGGGGGCUAUGCUUUGUCUUUAAGUGUUUGUAGUUAAUUGCAGAGUUUAUUUCCAUAUUGACUGAUAUCUACAGGCUUGUAUAUCAGAUUGCAAGGUAUUCAGUGACAGUCUAUCAAAGGUGACCUAUCAGAAUCUUCAGGAAAAAUGCAAGCACUGAAGAUCAAGCAUAAAUAAGCAUUUAUCUUGAGCACAGGCAUGAGUUGGGAGGGCUCACUGAAGCCUACCUAGCAAGAUGUCAGCAGGCAGUGAAUGAGGGCAGUCAUUUUGAUGAAUUUCCUAGCUGUUGUUGCCUGCUGUAGUGGCUGUUUGAGUUGGUGGAACAUUUAAUUAUAAUGAUCUUUGCACUGCAUUUUAGUACACCGUUUCAAAAGUUCAUUUUGCACUUGCAGCUUGCUACUUUUUGAUCAGGGAACUUAAAGAAUUUUAAUAUUUAAUAUUUUGAGGUGCAUUUGGUUAAUUCCUUGGGAUGGCAAACUAUUUACUGUGAUUCAAAUAGGUUUUAGUGUUGUCUAAUGGGUUAGUUUUUAUUUCUUAUUUAAUAAGGAGUUAUGAAUGUGAAGUAUUUUCCUCUUGUUUUUACUUUGUCUCCAUAUAUGCGAAGCUGAAAAAGGGCACAUUUGUUUGGUUUUUAAAAAUAACUGAUUAGUUUGUGUAUUAGGAUUGCUGACAUGCCGAAUUCACAUUACAGAAGCUUCAUUUAAACAUUGUUUAAUAGAACGAAACAUGUUGCUCAUUCCAGGCUCUUGCCCACAAACAUUCAAGCACAAAGGGUAUCUUGCAUUAGGAGAUGAGAGAUUGUGCCUGUCUUUGCACUGAAGAUGACUUACAUGCUUAUUGUGUAGAACCUGUAUGCCAUCACAGGCACAGAAUGCAGAGUGUUUUCCUUUUAUUCUAUUUAGAAUCCAAAAUUAUCAUACAAUCAAAUGCUUUGGAAACAUGUAGAGGUACCAUUUGUUCUCUAGAUACUCUUUUCUUACUGCUUUGCUGGGAGUUGCUGCUGAGCAUCGACAGCAAUUAGAGAAGGGCAAACAUGGCUGAUAAACAUACAGUUAAGAUACUGUGGUUAAACAGCGAUUGAAGUAAAUAAGUGCAGUGUUUACUGUAAGGAUUAAAACUAAGGAGGGAAUUAUUGGCCAGGUGAAUAAUGGAAGCAUUGCGGCAUGGUUCAUGUAGCACAGGAAAGUUAUGAAUGGGGCCUAGCUUGUGAUGUUUUAUUGUUGCCCAUUGUGCAUUAGAAGUAUUAUCUGGGCAUACUUUAUUAUUGUUUACACAACAUAACUUUUGCUCUGUUGUGUAAGUUAAAUUACAUGAAACAGGGCAAAUGCAGACAAAGUCUGUGAGCCAGAGCACAGUUAUGAUAUACAGUGUAGACCGCUUAUAACGUAAGUCGCCAGAGUCGCAAAUAUCCGCACUAUAAGUGGUACCGCACUAUAACCAAAGCAACAAUUUUCAAGGCCCGCACAUAUGCAAAACAUGUGCACCGAGCCGCCACACGUAUGUGACAGUCGAGGAAUGCGGCUAGAACGCUUGCAUUCAAUUUACAGUCGAAUCUCGUUAAUUCGAACCAAAUCACGCGGCGGCGCCUCCGACCGGCAUUGCUCCGGCACCUUCAUAGAGUAAAAGCUUAGGAGAGACCCCUCUAUGUUGUGUGCGAACAAAACAAAAAAAAAAAGAAAAAAAAAAACGCGCCGGAAAUUUCACCCUCUCUCAAAUGGCAAGGUCGCCGAUUCUGCGUUGCGCCGGAAGAUGCGUGUACGUGCCGACGUCUCAGCCACGCUACCGUAGCCACGCGUAGAAAAUGGCAGUGAACCCUUCUUUCUCCUUUAUGCUUCCUCUACUUUCUAGUCACGUGUUGACCUUUCACGCUGCGGCUACGGCGCAAAGGGAAGCAGCGGCGCUGUCCCAGGCCGGCCAACGAAACUGCCCACGCCAGCAAACGCCCGCUUCCCGAUAACAGCAGAAAACGAAACUUCGGGCAGCUGGCGCCGGGCCGGCUGGAGCAGCGGCGCCUGCACGGUGGCGGGCGCACACGGUGACAGUCGAAAGUGAUGGAGCUACGAGGGAGGGCGAGGGGAGCCACCGAAGCGGCGGAGUUGCCGAGGCGAAAUCCGCUUCCCUGCCGCCUUCCUCCCUCACAUUCCACGGUCUCUGCGUGCGCCCUUCGCCGUGCAGUGCCGGCGCCGCCCACUCCCUGAAGUUUCGUUUACUGCCGUUAUCGUGAAGCGAGUGUCGGAUGGUGUUGGCAGUUUCAUGGCCCUCGCUCGCUAUGCGCGCCGUGAUAUUUCACGACUCGCACUCAAGAUUCUGGUUUCAGCCUCACUGGCCGUUUGUUCGUUGGCACCCCGUGCCCUUCUCCUCCACUUCGUCUCUCUUUCUUCCUCGAGCACUCCUUGUGGCGCCCGUUUGAGGGGAGCGUUCGCCGUCUCCUCUGACUUCCGUACUCCCAGGCAGCCGCACUGUAACCGGUAUUUCGUUUCCCGCAACUGCACUAUAAGCGAUACGUGUAUACAUGGAGUGCUAUGAGAAAAUUAACAGGAGUCUGAAAAGACCGCACUAUAUCCGGUCCUGCACUAUAAGCGGUUACGUUAUAAGUGGUCUAUACUGUAUAGGGGUCUAGGCCCUCUUGUCAGAAGGCCACUCAUCAUAGGCAAACUCUUUGUAGGUAAACUUGUGAGGAAGGCCAACUUGUCGUAGCGCAUGUCGUACAAGGAUUUCUCGUACCACCUGACUAUUCAUCACACGGAAAACUUGAGUUAAGAGCUGGGUUUACAGUGUGACAAGCAAUUUAUUUUGCCUGCCACACAUCAACUUUAUAACAAGAAGAGUAAUAUUGAAGGCCUCGUUCAAGAGGACAACGUCCAGCGUCUCAUCAAAGUUCGAGACGCUGGAAGUGAGGUGAAUAUAACGUACUUGCACACACUUUGCAGGCAAUUUUCACAGCACAAAUGCUCGAGACAAGCCACCGGGGUUUAGUGGGUAAUGUGUUUAAAUGUGCUGCAUGAGGAUGAGCAACGGGAGGUACAGGGGCUUGAGCUCAGUUUCCCCCCUGGUGCAGCUGUAGUGCGGAUAGUUCAUAAAAUUAAUCUACAAGGCAGCUUAAAAACCUGCAUUUUUAAAAUUGUAAUGAGAUUAUAAUUGUGUUCAGAGUUGUAUAACAUUACAUGCAGCAAAAUAUGGGAACAAGAUAAAUGCCGCAUUAAACAGCUUGAAUACAAUAAAUAAUACUGUUGUUUAUUCAACUUGCUUGAUAAAUAAGCUCAAAAGCAGAUGUUCCGAGCAAUAUUGUCAAGCGUAUUGACUGCUGUUCCACUGACAUGUUGAUCCAGGUUCCUUGUAAUGCGGUCAUAUAUCUUCGUGUUUGCAUAUGAGGCGGGGAGAUGUGUUGUCUGACAUCUGAUGGGGCCAUUUUAGUUCUUGCAGUUCUUGCUCAUCCUUCAGGUAUCUCAAGAAGACCUAGAGAUUCAGAAAGCAGCACUCAACUUUAGACUGCAAUAGUAACAGUUUAAAUUAGUUAAAAUUUUUAAAUAAGCACACUCAAAUAAUAAACCAACAUAUAAACAAGUGAGGAUAUUGGAGCUAGAAUACAUAACAGACCUGAAAGCCGCGAUGCCAGGCUUCCACAGGAUUAUUUGUGCGUGGCAUGUCUUGCAGCAUGGCGUCAUAAACAGACAGGACAGCGAGGAACACAAAAAUGGCGUAGGUGCUGCCUUCCAACUGUUUAUUAUCAGAAUCGUCAAUCAGCUUUUAUACAUGCAGACACGUGGGUAAAUCAUGAGCAACAAGAACAAGCAAACAUUCAGAGAUGGUCUUCCAAGAACUGCAUCGCUUUAUCACUAAUGUUAAUACAGCGAGCACUGUGUGAUCACCAAAUUUCUUGUAUGUGGGCUGCAUCGACAAUUUCUGUUUUUGUUUUAGAGUGCUUUAGAAUGGUGGCCUUAUCUAAGUAGGGGUUGCACCCACAUUUGUUACAGUUAUGCGCUAAAUGACCCCCAGAUUUGUUUAUAACUUUCACUUCAUGUUCACACGCUCUGACACAGAAACAUAGCUUUGUUCGACCAAUAUACACCGGUCACAACUCGGCGGAAUCCUGUACGCUACGCUACCCAUGUCGUGCGCUCAGUGUAAUGGUGCGCAUGCUUCUUAGUGCACGAAUGAUGCUUUUGCUUACUAUGGGAGGGCAUAUUUGCACUAGUUUACAAGCAGCUGAAAAAACAACUAGGAUGUCAAACCUUUGCUUGACUUUUCUUGGCCAUCAUUCUAAAGCACGCUAAAACAAAAACAGAAAGAGAAAUUGUCAAGGCAGCCCACAUCAAGAAAUUUGGUGAUCUGUGUGUCAGUGCUCCCAGUAUCAACAUUAGUGAUACCGGGAAAUCCAAGUGAUGAAAAAGUACCCUCCGCGAGAAUUCCUAUCUUGAGAUGGCAUUGAACCAAAUGGGCGGUGUGACCAGUUUCCCAUGACAAGUUUUCCGGUGGCAAGUGGGAUUGUGACAAAUGGGCUCGUUCUUGAUACAUCGUUCCCAAUAUAUAUCGGGAACGGAUAAUGCCUGCUCCAGAAGCUCAAGGGCCACAAUGCACAUGACAGGAAUUCAUUGUUAAGCUUGUGCAGCAAUUGUGGGGCUGGGAAGAUUCAGCAGGAGUCCCAACACUAGUUUUCUGGGAACACAAGGUUCUGUGUCAGCUUUUGAUUGCAAUAGCAAUUAUAUGGACACUUGAGGUGCGUUGUUGCUGCCACUGGAGUCACAUUAUUUGCAAUGCUUGUUUAGUUAGUGCAAAUGUUUACUGCAAUUUAUACUGCCUAUAAAACUAUGAGCCUUAUUUGUGUAAUAGUCUUAAUACUUUGCUAUCGCUAUCAAUGCCUUGUUUUUCUAGGAAAACUGUGACUUUUUGGGUUUUGUGAUGACCCAAUUUUCCUACCCUCUUUUCACACCUCCUAAAUUUGAUAGACUGAGGGACAUGCUGUGUCCUUCUGCUACAGCAGGUUUCUGUGAGCAUGUGCCCUCGACCACGGCAUAACCAAAAUGUGUCUGAAAUCCAGCCGGAAGUAGGUGUUGAAUUGAGUGCUGAAUACACGUCUCGGAGUCAUACACCCAUUGAGUCUCUACUUAUAGCAAGUACAGCCUCUGCAUUAGCAUGUGUGUUCUUUUAAUAUUUAUUUCUUUCUAAUCAGCCUUGUAUAACUAUUUGGUUGUUUCAGCAUGGACAUUCACUUAUGCAUCUGUGCCCUUUGAGUGCAUGUGUAGGUUAAUAAGCAAAAAAACAGGCGCUUCUCUGCACAUCUUGAAGUUUGGUGAUUUUCCCUGAUGGCUGAGGAACAUAUGCUGUAGAGUGUGAGAAAAAGUGUUCCUUGUUUCUUUACCUUCACAGUACUGGGAGAAUUAGAGAGAGCUCACCAUUGUGUGCUCUCGAGUGCUUCCUGCUGUUGGUCCAGCUUGUGAACUAGUUUAAUAGUUCUGAUGACAUGGCUGUCUGAGCUCUUGGUAUUCUAGUCAAAAAUGAAAAGCAUGCAACACUUCUUGGAUCAGUAACAAGAGCAACACCAUGACAUCGGUAAUGAAUGGCUUGCAUAACACAUGCUUGACCUGUGCUUACAAAGUAGCAAAUACACAAGUACUAAAACACAUACCGACUGUCAUCUAGACAACAUGAAUGAAUGAAUAAAUGAAAGAAUCGUCAUUGGGAAAAGGGACGGCCCUCUGGCCUACUAAAGUGGGUAAUGCUAGACAAAAUGUUAAAGGGGUUUUCUUUUUUUUUUUUUUUUUGUUGAUGCCAGUGUGCACUGUCAUAUUGAUUAUAACUUUAUAAAUGAGCCUUAUAAGAGAAAUUUUUCAUUUAUAAGCUUAGCCAACAUUUGUUCUGUUUCAUGGCUAGCAUAGUGAAAAGUUGUAGUAGCCUCACAUUGGAGAAUGAAGUGCUGCAAUAACAUGUACUGAGAUGGAGUACCUCCAUUUUGAGUGUUGUAGGGGGUGAUGGCACUUGGCUUGGCCUAGCCCCUUGUGUUUUCAUUUUCAUGGGACCAGAGUAGUGGCAGGUUUUGCACUUCCCUCAGGAAUUUUGUUGCAUCACAUAAAUUAGCUAUCUGCUCUAUGUGUGGGGAUAUAUGGGGGAGGUUUGACAGAUAUGAAAGCUUGUUCAUGGGUUUUCAAUAUAUGUCCAAGAGUCCUGCAGAAAUAUUCGACCUCAUUUCUUAGCAUCCAGGAAUGCUUUCUGUUUUUGCUUUUGACUUCCAGUGUUGCAUACUGUUUCAGUCAUCAGUAUUAAAACAGCAACUCUGUGUUCUGAACCUUGAAGACGGCCAUUGCUACAAAAAUGAAAAUGGUGAGGAAAGCAGGGAAAAGGGACUAUUUCCACCGGUAUAAUCACCCUGCCUUGCUUGGUGACACCAUAAUGUCAAUUUUUGUUUGACACAUGCUAUGAAGAGAGGUGUAAUUUAAGCAGGAUGUGAAUUGUGUAAACAUCAAGGCUAUUACACCAGCCAGCAGGCUUCUGGCCUACAUGACUGUUCUGUUAGCCUUUUAACAGGAAGCAGUUAACUUCCCAUCAUCCCACAUCAGUGCUGAGCUUGCAGUAAACAUUCUCCCCACUACUGAACAGUGUUGCCAUUAACAAAAGCUAUGCAAAAAUAGGUACAUUUUGUGUGAAAAGUGGCCCCAGCUUCAUUGGGGCCACUUUUUCCAUGCAGCGUGCAAGUUGGAGCAGCGCAACAUCGCCACUUAAACUUCCCUUGAGUUAUUUUACACUUUGCAUACUCAAAAAGGUGCUUUAAGUGCUUCAAAACAUUCACUGUAUGCAUAAAUAGAAGUAUAAAUCCAAACAUACGUGGGAAUACAGCUUCCUACUCGCUAUAUGUCACUGAGCAGGUUGCCUUGGCUUGAAUUUGGUAACUGUUCAUAUUAGUUAGCACAUUUUGUUGCAAAUAAGUACCAGUGCCAAACACAGUCAGACUCGUUUGAGUGGGUGCGCACCUGCUGGAAACAGGUGACAAGGAACGGUGCUGAAACUAGAGUAUGAAGACAGCAAAGUAAAGCAGGCCUGCAAGGCUCAUGCUUUGCCUAUGUGUAUCGAGUUAUACAUUACAAUGUGCUGUAUAAAUUCAGUUAAUUGCAUUUUUUUAUGACCUGUAAUGAAAAUUUUUACCAAAGAAAAGUGUCCUAGGCUUUUUGGUCCAUUUUAUGCCUGAAAUUUGAAUAAUUAUUCGCUUAGUGCUAUUGGUACUUGGAAGUGAAAAACAAGCUUCCCAGUCUACAUUGCUGCUUCAAAAAUUUUCUAAUUUUGAAAAGGAAGUUUUGAAAGCUUUAUCUUUUGAAAUAUAGUAAAAAAAUGUUUCCAUAAAUCCCACAAAAAAAAAAAAAACAUUUCCCUGCUAAAAGGUAAUGGAAGCCUUUUGCUAUCACUACAGAGAAGUUUCUAAAGUGGCCACACCAGGGCUCUUCAGUUUGCCGUCCCGGACUUCCCAGGACUGCCCAAGGCAGUGCUUUCAGCCAAUGAGCAUUGCGUAGGCAGCAUUUCGAGCUGCGCAGGGCUGUUGGGGACUGCAUAAUCAAAGAAGCCCAUUGAUCACGAGUCAAACACUCAAAUGGUGUUCAUUUUACCUGGUGUUUCAGUGAUGACUGUCUCUUAUCAUUAAAUAUAGGGGAUCCAAGAGACAAUUACACAUUUUGCAGGACAAGAUUGACAACAAAAGUUUACAAAAGAAAACUCCCUGUUGGGCGAUAGCAGUUUAACUAAAAUUUGCUAAUGAACUUCUUAGUUAUCAACAUUAGGCCGCCAUUGUCAAUUGGAUGUUUGUAGCUAAUGGGAAGUGCAUCAGGAGCUCACACAACCACACCUUAAAAUUAUGUCGAAUAGCAAAACCCAUGCCAAGAAACAAAAGCAAGAAAACCUUGCGCCGACUAGAUGCUGUUGGCUGAAAAAUUGGGCACUCGAUGGUUGAUAGUAGAUGCACAGCCUUGUGAAUCCACAAUCGACCAGCACCAAUGACUGUUCAUUUCCUUUUUUCUAGUGACAAGCACAAACUAAAUGUGAGCCACCAGCUGAGAUUGCCUUGCGUAGAUUGACUUGGCAGGAGUGGUCAGCACACCAUGACAUGUCACAUCUCCCAUUAUGUUACAUCAUAUAAUCUUAAGGCAUAGUUACACAUGCUCCGGAUGCACUCGGUUUCAGUUUUGCACAGAAAAUAAGUGGGAAUUCUUUGUGUGAGCAUGCUUUAAAUAAGUGCUUUUGAUCAUUUUUAAAAGCAUAUUUGAUAUAAGUUUGCCAUUAGCGACAUAUGUCCAAUUGGCAUUCGUGGACUAAUGUUGAUAACUAAAAAGUUCAUUAGCAAAUCUUGGUUAAUUAAACUGCUAAUAAUUCGACCGGGAGUUCUUUUGUCCACCCUCGUCAAUUUUACCUAUAAAAAGUAAUACGGUGUCUCAAAUCCCUGAUUUUCAAUGAGGGAGAGUCGUCGCUGAGAAACCUGGUAUGAUAUCUGUAAGCAUAUAGGGUAAAAUCUGCGAUCAUGUCAAAUGUUUGCGAAAGCAUAAUUCUGCCAGACAAUUGUAGCAGAACUUUGAUUGUGUGCACAGGUUGGUUUGCAGUUGUUACUGAUGCAAUGGGAUUGUAGAGAAAGCAGGAAUUUUGAUGCACAUAGAAGCAGAACACAGGUUGACCUGCCAGUGCUUAGAACACAUGUUGUUCUUGGCAUGUAACAGCAUGUGUGCCUGACACCGUAAUGAAACUCCUUGGUAGAGAGCUCACCAGCACAAAUGUGACACACAUUGAUGUCGCACAAAUGUUGUUCUGCUUGACUAGCUAUGCCAUUUAUUGUUCCAGUCAGAAAAAACAAAAAGUAGCAAUUUGGAUGUCUGCAAUUUUUUAAAGGUUUAAUUCACCUGAACAUGAGAAAUGUGCGAGGUCAGCCGUGGGCUGUGCACAGUAUCAAACGUAAUGUCAAAUGGAAAAUUGCAGUGGUGAAUGACCAUGUAUUGGUUGUGCAGUGUCUGCAGCCUAGAGAUGGCUUAUGCGAGCAUAUAGUGUAACCUGCAAUCUGGCAUAGUGCUGCCUGAAUCUUUAAAAUUAUCACAUGGUCUGUAGCCUUUCAGUCCUUCACAUGGUGUAAGAAAUAGACUCAUUCUGUGUGGGCAGCGUGCCUUAUGGAACAGAUAUCCUCCAGUUUGAAGUGCCACCAGAUGACUUGCUAUCCAUAAGGCUGUGGUGUGAGAUAGAAGAGUACAUUUAUAUGAAAAAUGGUCACCAUUAUGGCGUAAUUUGCUCUUGUAUGCUUUCCUGUGUAAGGAAUGCAAUCACCUUUGCUUUAUUCCUUAGACUUUUGUUGUCAGGCUAGGUUCAUGCCCUUAUGAAUGGAUGAGCCUGGUGAGGUAGAUUUUGAAGGCAAUAAGACAUACAUAUUUUUUGCAUGCUAUUUUCACGUUUGUGAGUACCUCAGAAUUUUCUUUAAGAAGCAUGCUAUUGCCUUAUAGUCAUGUUUUAUUUCUUACGACAGUUCCUCUGAAGUGCACAUAAUUGCUACAGUUUUUCUUCAAAGAGCUAAAAUAAAUUAUUUGUCUUCCAUUAAUUCAGCCAACCUUUACCAAAAGGUGGCCAUGCUUUUUAUAUGCUACUUUCAUUUCAAGCAUCAAAUAAUCCCUGCUAUUUUUCACAUUGUGCAGUGAUUGUGAAUUACCAGAAGUCAACUGAAUUAAGCAUGGACUGCCAACACUUUAAUAGUAGUUGUACAAAACAUGCCAAAUUGUCCUCACUUACUAAGCCACUUACAGCUUCAUUUAUAAAUAUAUAUGCACAUAAUUGCUUUUAAUUACCUUAUUUAUGUAAAAAAUUUAAAUUAUGAAUUCGUUACCUGGAGGCCUGCGAUUUGUUUCUUAAGCUCAUAAAGUUUCACUCAACGCUGACAUGUACCUUAUACCUCACGUGAGAACAUUUAUUAGUUUGCUUUUUAGGCGUAAGCAGAUAUUCAUUACAGACACUCAGCUUAUAGUGUUCAGCACAGGCACAUCACGUGAUCACUGUGCGCUCAUGCAGUGAAGUUUGACUUGUUUGCACACAUGCGGUGGCAUAACAUUCUUGCAGCAUAUCGUAUCGGGACAUGAUCCCUGGUCUGCUGAAACUUCAGCGAAAUGCUAUGUUAGAGGUGAAAACAUAACUAAACGAGAAAUGCCUGCUAUAAAGAAGGAUUUUCUUUCUUCUUAUUCUGAGUGAAACAUUUAGUAUUGCUACUUGGAAGGCCUGCACACUACUCGGUUCACUCUUCUACUUUUACAUUUGUGCCAGCAGCCAGUACCACCACCAACAAAACUUAUUCGGAGAGAACAAGCAGGCAUGUGUAAGUUCUUUGUUAAACUGUGCUGGCUACACUAUUUUGUUUCUGUAUUACUUUGUGAUCAUGCAUUUAUGCUGCUCUACGAGAUAACACUGUGACCAUCAGUCUGUUUUGGAGCUUCUUGAGAGGAAGUUCCGACAAUGCUUGCAGAAUUAUUAAACAUGCUGUAUCCACACAUUAAGAAUAUGUCUUAGACUGUAGUUGUUCAGUUCCUCAUGAUAGUGAGAAACAGUGAGAUGAUUGAGAGAGUGAGGUUAAGCACUUGUGCUGAAAGCAUGCGAAAGUGCAAGCAUCAUCUGUUACUCUAUGCAUGCUUUUAACCUUCCUCAUCUCAUUUUCCCAAGCUGUUGUGAGGCACUGAAAAGAUGGCACCCACAUGUUAUGAAAUAAUCUUGCCAGCAGUGCACACUGCACAAGAUGUAAAUUAUGCCAGGACUUGUGCCACACAGCGAAAGCCCAGGUCAAUGUAACAAACCAUGAUAUUGUAGACCCCCUGCUGAGCUGUUAAUUAAAUGAAAUAGCUUUUUAUAUGCAGUACUUAGUUACUUCAAUUUGCCGCAAGAAUUCUUUAUCCACAGUAUUAUUAAGGAAGCGGUUGUGUUAGCCGCCAUUUUCGGUUGUAAUGCCAUUUUACUUAUUCUAAAUCUUUUAAUUUGUGAAAAGCCAAAUGGUAAUCAAGCAUGGGCACCAAGCCCAUGAUGAAAUGCCCAAGAUCAGCACUCAUGUGCUGGUCUGCUAGUCUUGUCAAUCAUUUGCAGACAUGCUUCAAAAAUGUGCUACAGGUGACUACACCAACAAUCCUGAGCCUUCCAGUUGAAAUCGCAAGGGCCUCUAAUGUAUGUGUAUAUCGUCAGUAUAGUUUUUCAUUGCACCUUCGGUGAUUGCCUUAUGGACUGUUGUGAUGCGCAUAGGAGUAAGAGCUGGCAGUAUGUCAAGAGGACUUGCUCUGCCUAUGCAGUGACUUAGACAAACAUAUGGUUGUGCUCUUCGUGUUGGUAUGUGUUACCAGUGAUGACGUACAGGGCUUCAAUUUGUUAAAAGCAACACAUGCUGUCUUCUGAUAGCCACUGCAACUCUCGUCAGGGGUAUGAGCCUGCCCUUCUAAGAUCAGACAGCUGUUGUUGGGUCGCAGUUUUGUUCAUAUUAUGAAGGAUGUGAGUUAUGGUUUUUGCAUGUGCUGGCUUGAUAUUGGGUCAUGGGCAGGCACACGUGACUCAUCUUUGUCAGCUAAAGGCUCAACAAGCCACACUGGUGAGUUCUCCACCAUCUGUGUGUGCGUGGGCCCUGGGAUCAAGCCAGUGCAUGCCAAAACCAUGGUUCAUCUUAGCUUGAAGAGUGUGUGCUGCUCAAAAAUGCUCGCAAUAGUGGCGGUGGGUAAUAGCAGAUGGUGCUUAUGGUAUUGUCAGCCGUGUGCUUGCGUGUUGCUAUUAACACAUCUGAGCUUUGUAAUACAUCUUGGGCCAACUAGUCUUGUUUCUUAAAAGAAAAAAAAAAGGGGGGGGGGGGGGGCUCUAAUUUAAUAAAUGAAAGGUUUUGUGCCACAUAAUAAAAAUUAUUAGACUUUUGGCCUUGUGUAUGUAUUCUAUUGUUCUGGGGAUGUAGUUGAGAAGAGCAGUGCUGGUAGUGGCAUUCUUUUGGCACCUUCUUCAAUCAAAAUACAUGAGAAAUGUGUUGCGCAAUGCUUCUUAUUGAGGGAAACGAAAAAAACAUUAGGGAAUAUGAUGUCACUGCUGAUACCUUUACGCCAGCGGCCAAGUGAACAUCGCUGCCAUUGCUCUAAGAAUUCUGUGCAGUUUGGCUAAAUACAGCAUCAGUAAGUGUUGCAGCAGUGCUGUUAUGUGCUGUUCUCAGCUCUAUCUUUCGAUAUUUCACGAAUUGUAAAACUUAUGCAUAAGGCUCUUUUGUGUCACUUUUGGAGACAUCUCUUUAAGGCAAUAAUGCUAAGAUGUAAAACAUUGGUUCUAUUCUCCUGUUUUUAGAAGCUUGCAUUUGUUAACUAGCUCUUUACUGCAUGCAUGCCUUUCACAUAGAUGGUAAGGCAUGCUAAUUCUUGCUUUUGACAUAACGUCUAGCAUAACAUCUUGGUACAGUCAAGUGCUGGCUAAAAAUAAUGAGACUGGCAACCUUGCAAGAAGUGUGUGGAGCAAAAAUUGCAUUGUGAGAAGUAACCUUGAAACUCUGAGGCUGAAUCCCGGGGUAGCUGUCACUUGUAAUUAUUCUGUGAGCAGCCUUAGAAGGUAGAGGGGAACAGGAGAACAAUAAACUGAAUUUUAUAGUGAAACUGACCAAAUUGCCAGCUGAACACAUGGAACUGUAAAGCGUAAAGCAAUAAUGCAAUGUCAAGUACUGACUCAUUGAUCAUUUCAAACAAUGGAAUUACAUGGAAUCCUCUUUUUUUUUGCUCCAUUACAAGGUGACCUGGUCUUUUGUCAGUGCAUUUGUGUCCAUUACUGUAGUUUCGUGCCCCUCGUAUAUUUCCGGCAACAGUUUCAUGCAGUCACUUGACAAUUUCUUCAGUUUCACCAGCAAUUUAUUAUGUGCUGCCCGAGUUUCAUGCUUACUACUUGGUGCUGCUUGCUGGAUGAGCACAGAUUUCGCAGUCUUUGCAGAAAACUUUCUUAGCAGAACAAAACUUGAGAAACAUAUCAUGCUUUUCUUUUUGUGGACCAGGAACAUCAGAGGCAACAGGAAAUGAAGCCUCAAUUUGCAUUUUGUUCUUGCCUAGCAAGACAUAUUUUGUCGAGUCCUUACUUCACCGUAAAGUCAUGUGCACUGCUUGUCAUUUUGUAUGUUUAUUGUACACUGUUGACUGUGGUUACAUGUGCCACGUGGAGGCUCCUGUGACCUCUCAUCCCCCUGGGUGGGGUAUGCUGGCUGGCUUGAGAGAUGCUGUGAUGUUAAUAAAAUUGGUUUUUGGGACACAUGCACACCAUUUUAGUACCAACACUGGCAUGUUUAGUUAUGUUCAGGCACCACAUUGUAAUGUUAAAUGUCUCUCAUUGCUAAUCUUCUUCAACAUUCAGCACAUCCACCUCAACAAAUUGAAGCAUGUUAUUAAGUUCUGGAGAACUUUUUAAAAAUUUAACUUAAAUUCUAGUUUUGUACUUUGAUCCAAAGCUUCAAUGUACAAUGUUGAAUGCUAACUUGUGUGAAAGCAAACUGGAAGAGCGCGAAAAAGUACUAUGAUCUGCCUGUUCCGAGUUUCCUUUUAGUCAUGUUAGAGUUCUCGUAUUAUACUAAAAUAUGUGGACGUUCUUUUUCUGGCACUUUGUAUUUGCACUGUCGUUAUUCGCCUGCCUGGAGGUUUUAAAUGAUGAGACAGAACAUGACUGACUCAAGCUAAUAAGCAACAGUGCUGUGCCCAAGUGUAAGAGUGCAGUUUAGAACGAAAGUGUCAGCUUUGGUUGUGCAAUGGCAGUACAAAGUACGCCUUAUGUUUCCACUUCCUGCCAUUAAGACAUGUAGGGGAAAAGUGCAGUUUUGACGGCAGUUGCCUUUUGACAGCUGUGUUGUUUAUGGAAAUGUUGCAGUGGGUUGGUUUUGGGUGGAUUACAAUAGGUGAUGGAUAGCAAGUCUGGCCGUUAGGUAAAGAGAGUGAAUGAACUUUUUUUUUUUUCUUUGCUAUUGAAUGUGAUUCUAGUUCAGGAGUGUGCAAGCUAUAUGUAUAGGUGUAGGUGAAAUUCUGCACUGCUGCUGCCAUCCUUUUUUUGUAAAUAAAGUUUUUUU